AAAAUGUUCAUUAAAAUUGAUUGAUUAACUUGUUUAUACACCUUCUUCUUCCACAUAAUCAACACAUUCAUAUCAAUCAAUCAAUCAAUCAAAUGCAAAAGUCUCAGGAUAUGCUCUCCAAGAUAACUGAGGGGCAAUCAAAAGCUUUGAUUCAUAAUUUAAUCUCAAUUUCCUUACACUGCAUCUCAUUUUUAAGAUGUAUAUUUGAUGAUGACUUUUAUGAAGACAGCAGUUUUAUACCAAAGGAUAAAUCAAUUGAAGGAUUUAGGGUUAGUGCAGGUCGAACCAGAAGAGUGAAGACAAAGAGUUUGAUCAAAGGUUCGUCUCCUGAAAGUGAUGCAUUUAUUGAUUGGAUCGACCAAGGGAUUUAUCAAGCUUUAGAUUUAAAAUAUUUGAAAACUGUUCAAUUCUCAAUAUAUUUAGAUAAAGCUCACCCAGAACAGCUUAUUGAAUGCUAUUUGCUUUCAAUUGAUUAUGAUGAAGAAUCAAUAAUGAUUGAUUCAAAAUUGGACGGAUCUAAAAUACAGUCAUCAUCAAGUAAUCAUUUAAAUGCAAGGGAACAGGUAAUGCAAGUGAUUAAAAGUCUUAUCGUUUUAACUCAAAGUUUAGAACCGUUACCUGAUCAGAAUUACAUAUCUAUCAGAUUAUUAUAUAAUGAUUCUUGUCCUCCAGAUUAUCAACCUCCGUUGUUCAAAGAUGAUUCUAAUUCGAUGGCCAAUGUUAUAUUUAUUGAUAAAGCAAGGAAAGCUGUUGAUAAUAUUGGAACUGUUUCUACUGGAUUCAUCAACUCUAAUAUCAAUGUAAUAUCUGCUUUUGGACAAGACUUAGAAGCUACCAUUGAAGUAGAUCCCCUAGAUAUGGAUAUUGAUAAUGAUGUUUCAGAUACUUCUAUCUUUUCCUCAAUUGAAAUACCAGAGUCGGAUCAUACUGAUGAAAGUGAUACGUCCCUUCAUUUACUGGAUUUAUUAAUCCCCAAAUCCAAGAAUGUUGAACCCACACAAUUGUUAACAGAAGUAUCCAAACUGAUUGAAGAACCUUUAGAAGAAGUACUGCUGCAAAACCCAGAAGUAUUGUCUUGUGUGUCUAAUUGCAGAUCAAACAACACAAUAAGUUGUAUUUCGUGUAAAAGAGAUAUCAUUCCCAUUUGUUAUGGAAAUAACUAUUAUAACGACUUGAAAUUAAUAAAAUGCUAUGCCUGUUGCUUUGAAGGAGACAUCAUAGAUUCCGAUUUAUUCCUUUUAAUGAAAUUAAGGUUUUUAUGGGAUCAUAUGCUUCAAAAUGAAUUUCCCACCUCCAUGCAAAUGUAUAAGCUUUUGAGUUUGAAAUUAGGUAAUGCAAGUGAUGACAAGAUAAUGGAAACAAUUUUGAAUUUAUUCUUUCAACAAAAUAUUUUAAUUGUGAACGAUAAAAUGAUUUUGAAACCUAAUUCAACUGAAUUUGUGCUUGGCUUUGGAAUAUUCAUCCCUCUUACUGCAAAUAUUGAAUCUAGAAAUGAAUUCUUAUCAAUGAAUGAGGAAUAUUUUGUAUCAUUUGUACCCAGAAUGAAGUUCAAAUUUCCAUUUUUACAUUAUAAACAAGAGUUUGCCAAGAUAAUAUUUCCUAAUUUCGCAACUACAAGGAAGGAAGCUGUCAUUAAAAAUUUAAAAAAAUUUAGAUCAUGCUUAAAACAACAACAUUUAUUGGUUGCAGAUAUUGAUGAUGAUGACCCAAUAGAAUCAAGCAGUCAAAAUUCACAGUAUGCCACUCCUGAAAGGAGUAUGAGGUCAAAUUUAAGUAAACUAAGUCUCUCACCAAAUAAGGUUUGUACAGAUGAAAUUGAAGACCUUAGCUUCGAGGAUUCAUUGUUGUUUCUAUCACAACCACAAGAAGAAAAGGGGUUUCCUAAAAAGAGACCCUCUGAAUUCCAGAUACAUGCACCUCAACCCAAAGCUAGGAAAAUUAGCAUUAAUAUUUAGCUAUUAUCAAAGUUUCUAAAAAUACGACCACUUAAAUCAAUGGCGAAUCUUUACGUCAAUUCAAAUCAUCAUGUAUAUCACCGUAUUCCAAACGUGGUUCUGAGUCUAGAUGUCAAAUCUCGAAUAACUCCAUGGCAUUUUAUGUUGCUAAAGUUACGUCUCUAACUAUAAAAAUGUAACAUAAACUUAAAAAGGCAUAAUUUAAGGUAUCAUUUUAUCACGUGCUCGUAUUUUCCUAAAAAGAAAUUUCAAUUUUGUUUAUGUGGCGGAUGACUUUCGUGUCGUAUCUUACAUUACUUUUUGUCUAGUCUCAUUUUAACUCUAAAUUUAAUUUGUCAUAU